GGAAGUCUUUCCUGUUGAAAAAUCGACCAGAAAAGGUCUAAAAAAAGGCCUAAAAUGGCCACAAAUUUCGCAAGACGGUAAAACUACGUCAAAUCUGUCUCAGCAUCCAUUUUGAAAACGAGAAAUAUCUCCGUCUUGCCGGGGUAGAGAAGGGAGUAUUUGCCUCGUUCCAAUCUUCCAAAAUCAAGGUACUGGGGAAGAAGUCCUAUUCGUGAAGGUAUGAUUAUUUGUUACUAGGUAAAUAACACCAAAACAGAGAGUCGCAAGAAGUGAGCUAAUUUUUACAACUAGGGAAAGGAAAGUUAUCGAGGAAUCAGUUGCGUUCGUUCUCUUUCCCCCAAAACAUACAUGUCUGGAGAUUGCGUGACUUCAUGGGACGAUGAUGUGAUUGUUUUCGUUGGCGGCUCAUAAGUUGAAGUUAGCAAAUUGAAAAAACAAAAUCUGACCAAAGAAAACCCCAAGCAUUGAAAACCACGACUAGGAACCUGUUUUUGUCUUGCUUUGUAUUUUUCACUUCUGCAUGCUUCAGAAUCAUGUGCAGUGAUCUCGAACCCACUUGGGUCAGUAUUCAGACAUGAACGCGGAAGUAGAGGCGCUUUCCAUUCAACCCAAAAGUCCGGUUUGCGUUUUCGGCAACUUCCAGUAGUGAAUGGAACAGCAUUUUCCAAAAUUUCCCAAAAAGAGGACAAUCUCGCGAGGUAUACCCAUAUUUUCGAAAACUUUUUCCCGGAAGUUCAAUUUUCCAUUCAACUUUGCUCCCGGAAUUUCUAGACUGAUUUAGAGACUAAUCAGACUAGUCUGAUUUUUAGUAGGGCAGUUUUAUCAAAAAAAAUAAGGGAGUGAUUUUUGAAGCAUGAUUUGAAUAGAACUAAGUUGAAAAGGUAGAUUGGCGACCGUAGGGAGAGGGAGAACUAUUAAGAGAGCUGACUGUUUCGAGCGCUAGCCUUUCGUCAGAGGGAAUCGCUCGAAAUGCCCUAAAAGUCAGCUUCUCCAUCUCCCUAUAAUUGUCAAUGAAACCAAAUCUUUUUUAGCUUGCAAUGCAGACGUAUUUUGGGUGGGCGAAACCUUGUUUGUGUAUUGUUGUAGCCGCCAUCUUUGAUUUUAUGAACCUUUAGGGUAGGCGCUUUCGCGAGCAAAAACAUUUGCGCGCCCGAAGAAAACGCCUGCACUGCGGGCUAAAUCUUUUUAUUUCACUUCCCCAGCUACACAACACCACAUGCACUUUCUCAAGAAAGUAACCUCCUCGUACUUUAAAUGGGCUGAUUUAGUACGUAGAGGACCAUGCCCGGGUUAUGCGAAAAUGUCAAUAAAAUAUACAAAAAUCACGAAGAUUUGGUUAAUUUUUCAUUUAUGACUUAUUUGCUUCUUUAUUCUCUUAUCAGUCAGUCAUGUCGAGCUUCCGAGGAAGAAAUCAAAAAAGAAGAGCUAGAGGUGAUCAGAACUGGUAUGACAAGUCAAUGGCUACUCUAACGUCAGACCAAGAAGAAGAGAUUGUAGAAAUUCCCAAAGAAAAGGUCGGACUUGUCAUUGGGCGUAAGGGAAGAACAAAGGAAGAGAUCAGAAGACAAACUGGUGUCCAAAUAUUUAUAGAAGAAGAUGGUGCUCACUUGAGAGGAACAGCCGAACAAAUUCACGAAGCUAAAACCAUGAUUGGAGAAAUCUUGAAUCCAGUAAGCACCCACAAGUCGAAGUUGACCAAUUAUGCCGGAUUGAAAACAAUCAAUCACGUUUGUACUGGAAACUAAUUUCCAAUGCCUUCAUUGAGUCAAGACGUCACUACAAGUCAUUCAAACAGAUAUAUUUUCCGCUCUUUAUUCUAAGCUGAACCCAAGGACAAAAAUAUUUUAGGAAAUUCAUAUAACCAUUUAAUCUCGGACUUAUUCUGCUCUUUUUAGCAGGGUUGCCUGAGGCUGUUAUUUUUUUCUUUUGUUGUUGUUGAUGUUAUUUUGUUUGUUUUUUUGUUUUGUUUCAAAAUAUCUUUAGUUGUCUUUACCGGCCUGCAAAGCAGGCGUUUUUUGCAGUGCAAACGAUGAUACUAUAAAUUAAUUUUCUCCCACCAUCUUUUGAUUUAACAGAUGAGUCACCGAGAAGGCAGACCAAGAGGAGGAGGAUUUGAAAUGCUACAAAACCUAAUGGUACCCCAACAUUUGAUUGGUCAAGUUCUGGGAAAAGGAGGCGAGAAAUUGAGAGCCAUCGAAACGAAAAUCGGGGUUUCAAUAAAAAUAAUCGGUAACAAUUUCCAUAUCAAAGGAGCUGAUAAAAAGGAAGAGAAAUUAGCCCGACGCGAAAUACAAGAAUCAGUGGUACGUAUACGUUUUCCCCUAGUGAAGUUUUAACAUCUUGUUUUACACUAAACCUCGUGCAAACGGACGCAAUAUUGUUGGGAGUUGUUGCUUUCGUUAGCACAUAGCUAAAAAUUUGAACCGUUUAAACUUUGCGCAAUAUCUCCCAACAACAUGAAACAGGGUGUGGAAACGGACGCAACAUGUAACAUCAAUCAGUGUUGGGGGUUGGUGGCCAACAAUACUGCUUCCGUUUGCACGGGGCUAAAAGUUUGACCGGGUCAAACUUUGCGCAACAACUCCCAACAACACGCAACAACAUGCAACAGGGUGUUCAAACGGACGCAACACCCAACGAUGUUGCGUCCGUUUCCACGGGUCUUUUAAAAGGCGAUGCCUUAAUGAACAGUCCACUCAAUGUACCCGUACAUAAAGAAACCUUAACGAAUGAAGUGCAGAAACCACCUUCGCAUGACUUCGAUUCUCACCUUUUGACUUAGGUUCAGACAUCAUAUCAGCACUAAUAUAUAUAUAUAUAUAUGAUAUCACGCAGGGAAAAGAUGCCCGCCAGCGUUAAUAAGCUGUGACAAUGUAAAAUAAUUAUUGUUUUGCACCCUUUUAGAACCGCGCUAUGAAGUAUUCACAGAGGGCCGCUCCUUUGAAGUUUGUCCAUGUAGACACCGCCCAGUUAGAAGAGAAUCACGAACUUUAUUUGUCCGUCGCACCAACUCCCAUAACAAAUGCAAGCUUGGGAGAGUAUUACUACAAGCCUAUACUAAGGGGACCUCCUUUGAAGGAGGUACGUACAUUAUUUUCACUUGCAUAUAUUUGAUUAGGCCAAGAUCAUUAUAAACACUGUUCUUCACCUGAAACGAACCUAAUGCUGAUGAGCGAGAAUAGAUUCCGUAAAUCCUCUAUCUAUUUAUCAAUCAAGGAGGAAAUUAAAAGUCAGUUGGAGCCGGAGGAUCGAAUUCUUAUACGCAGGUGUUAGCGUGAACAGCACUUUAAUUGCAAACGGCUAUGUUUCGUCCUCUCUCUGAGAUCGAACUAACGACAAAAACUAAACAAAUAUUCAUAUGGCAAAUGCAAAAACAGGUGGUAAAUAAGUAGCAAACGCAAACUCAAAUUUAAAUUCUAAGUGUAGACUAAGUAAUAGUGAUAAAGUAUUUUCUCGGCCCCCCGGCAGGCUUCAGUUUGGCCUGAAAAUUUAAGUUGGGGACCCAGGUCCCACGGGGGCCUUGAGUGUCUAGCUACAUCACAGCACUAUUAAUAUAAAAUUUCAGUCCUUACAUUUGUACACAUUGUUUCCUUUUAUAUAUAUCAACUUACAGGAAACACUCGAUGGUUUUCUACACACAGAUAGAUUAAAGGAAAAAAUUGUUAAAGUUUUAAAGCAAAUUCAUCAGGAGAAGGCCAAAGAGGAAGUCCGUGUCGACAUGUGGUGUCAUUUUGGCCGUGCUUACAUCACUAAGGUUGAUGAAGGUAGGGAUCUUAAUGUAGUUUCUCAAACAUAUUAUUACGCUGCAAGGCGUAACAUGUAUGAAUGUAUGUGACGUCAGGACCUUAGAUUGUUCAAUAACAUAAUAGAAAAAGACAAUUUAACUGCAGGCUAAAAGCCAUGCCUUUGAAACCGUAAAUAAAGUUUAUGUCUCUCUGUCUAAACGGGAAAGGUGAACAUUUACUACUUCUGGUUUAAGCUAGGCUGCAUGGAUAGUUAGGCUUAAAAGUUUGCACCUAAUAAAGGAAGGGCAUUCGCAUCCUCUAACGUGAAGAAAAAAAAUGCAAAAUCGGUUUAAACUUGUUAGUAUUAAUAAAAAAUAACAACCUAUUUACUCUUGACAUUACACACUUAUAAUGAUAAUGGAAAGGACCAGUCUUAGCAAACGUAUAGGCGGGUGACAAGCGAGGAAAAACACAUCUCAGUAAGACACGACUGAUUCUGGUUUACUUUUGGAAAAAAAAUGGUGCGAGUUUUUCAGCCAAUCACAAACCGUACCAACUCAUAACCAAAUAAAUUUAAAAAAGCAACUGUCGACUCAUGGUUUGAAAACAGCUCCAAGAUGCUUUGAGUGGAACACCAGCAGAGUUAUUUGUUCCAAAUAAACACAUACCCGAGUAUAGCUGCUCUUGAUAAUCUUAUUGGCUAUGUCAUUGCCUUUCGCUUUUUUCGGCUUUUAGUUCUCUAAAAAAGAAAUGCGGAGGUCUUUGGUAAGUUUUACUUUUAACCAAGCAAAAUGGACAAUACUUUUAAAAUCACAAUUUGCUUUUUUUGCAGACGAAUUAGAGCACACGUUUACGCUGGAAGAAUUCAAAGAAAAACUAGAGGACGGGAAAAACAAAAGCUGGAAGUCAUUUUUCGUAGAGGGCGUAGAAGACAUGGAAGUUUUGGAUAUUGAGCAGAGUCUCUCAUCCAAAGCGGCAAAAGAGGACAUUAGACAUGACCUCACUUUCUACACCCCAACCUGCAGGGAUGUUCGUGUGAAGGUACUGGUUGCCCCUGAGUGGUGGGAUUGCAAUUAGGAAAGGUUGCGUAUGGUAGUGUAACAUCUACAACCAACCAGACUUCUAUUUAACGGAGGUUUCGUGCGCAUAAAUAACGUUCCAGGACUCUAACUAAGAGGGUUCUUUUGGGAUAAAACAGGCUUUCAAAACACCCAGGUCUAGCCCUUCUAAGAAGCUUUCUACAUUCUCCCAUGUAGUUUUUCUUACACGAUGGCUGAUUCUGACUUAAAACUUUAAUAAACUGUGUUAAAGCCUUCUUCCUGGAGUAUUGCGGUUCGCCCUUCUUCUCUUACAUCUCUUGAUUUGCUUCCCAUUAAUAAAAUGUUCCUUUGUUGUUUGUAUGAAUAGGUGUGGCUCACAGAACCGGAAGGAGAAGAGGCUGGGGAAGCAGCAUCAUCCAUGGCAUUUUCACGCAGGACACCCAUUACUGUAAAGAACAUUCGAACACGUGUGAUGUCUGAUGAACAAGGAGACACUUCGGACACGCCCUGUUUUCACAUCUGCUCUCAGUUUCAAAGCCGAUUGAGAGCGGAUAUUUUGAUACCUUCUCAGGACCUCGAUUGCCGUUUGUCCAUUAGAACAUGUAAGACUUUCGAAAUAGAUAGCAGUGAAAAUUGUUGACCCGUGUUUCUGUCAUCCUUUAUUUGACUCCCUUUUAUAAUUUCGCCUUAUUUGAAAAUCCCUGCACUUAAAAGUCUGCGAUUGUUUGUGGUUCCUCUCAAACCGCUUGAUCUUGAAUGAAGGCUAAUCUUAAAAACUCUUAACUCUUUAUUUGACUUAUUUGAUUGGUUUACUAAUUAUUAAGAGAGGAUGACCUGUCACAAAAAGAAAGCUGUUUGAAUUAGUAAGGGGUUAUGACAAGGUUACGCAUAAGGCUCUUGCUGGUAACUACUGCAAGUAUAAUCAUCUUUGGAGGUCAGAGUUUAAUCGGGUAAUAUUUAAAAGCACCCUGUAACGUUCUUUUCGGGGCCCAUUACUCCUACGGUAAUGUCUAGGAAGGAAAGGGAUUGGGCGUCUUUUGUUUGAUUAUAGUAAUUUUUAGAUAUAUGGAAUGAAUCAUAUUUUGAACUGCGGGUAAAGAUAUGAAAGUGAACAUGAUCUUCGUAGUAGAAUGAACAAUCUGAGCGAUUGAAAAAGAGCCUGAAAAAUUCAGGUUUGAUUGACCGAGCGUUGCGUCCGGUUAUCGCAAAGGCCAGGAUUCGGUUCCCGGUCAAUCCUGAAUUUUUCCAGGUUCUUUUUCAACCGCUUUGGUUGCUCUUUCUACUGCGAAGAUCAUGUCCACUUUCAUACACUGAGUAAUCUUGUUUGACUUUAUGCGUCGGGCUCAGAUAAUUUCAAAUAGCAGAAGACAUAUUAAUCGAUUACGGCUACCAAAGAAAACAAAAGAAUUGUACUUACAAGAGAGAAAGGUAGCUUUAUUUAUUUCUGGACCGUGAAGUGGACAGGUAAGGAUUGCUCAUUUAGAUCACGAUCUAUUGAAACCCAUCGUUGAAUGGCACUAAGGACUGUUAACCAGGUUAACAAGUGAUAGACUGAGCAGUGCUCAUUUUAGGUGCUUCAUCUGGCCAUGCAUGUCUGAGCAACCUGUCUUUCAUAUAAGCGUAUACUUUAACGAUGCUGUUCCCGUGUGGUCCAUUGUAAUGAUACAAAGGGUCUUACUGCGGCCUUCCUUUUUUAAGAACAAUUCUUUGCUUUUCUUUUUUUCAAGGCACCACUUAUGUCCCAAAAACUCCACAAGACGAAGAAGAAGACAAAAUUUUAGAAGCUUACCUAACGGGAAUGAGGAUUGAGGGUGGCCAGUUAAGGCUGCCGCCGGCUUCAGAGCUGCAGGAUGGGUUUGACUUGUUUUACAAGCGGCGUAGUCUGCGAAAGACUUAUCAGUAUGAAAUGUCGGAUGGAGAACAGUUCAGCUUGACUGUUUGCAAAGAUCAAGCAACAAACGUUUGCCCUUAUGAGCCUGACGCAAGCAGCAUUGACGACAUUCCCUCAAAGGUUUUUCAUCAGUGUUUUUAUAAUUAUUUUGCCCAAAAAUUAGCACAAGCCCUUAUGAGUUUCUUUUAUUACGCAAUGUGCGUGGCCCCAAUUUGUUCACUAGCACUAUUCAACUCUUUUAAAAUGAGGUCGACGUAAUUGAUUCAAAGUAGACAGAAUGCAAAUUAUAGUAGUUGCUAAUAAAUAUAUCUACAUGUCCCAACUGUUCAUCAGUAGGAUGCCUAAAAUGCGUGCAAUUCCACAAUUGGUUUCGGCUCCAUUAAAUCCUAUACCAAUUGCAGAACAUUUUAGGAGGAGCCACCCAACGUGUGAGCACAGUAGAGGACAACACAUAUAAGUGACGAAAAUAACGCAAAGCAAAACUAAGAAGGCAGUCCCAUCCCUUCCACCAAAACCCUGUUUAGGCCUGGGUUGAACGGUAUUCAAGUCUGGUUUAAUCAAGUAGUUUCCUUGAGUCAAACCAGGCUCAGCUGAGCUUGCAAAUAACCAAAGCCAGGCUGGAAGUUAGAUAAAAUAAGCUAACCAUGCUUGAAAUCGACUGUAUGAGGCUGUGCAGCAUUAGUUAGUGGAUGUCGGGUGAAUUCCCUUGGACUCUCCUUGACUCAUUGGAUUCGCUCUGUUUAAAGAGAAUGAAGGGGACGUUUCAAAAAAAACUCUGGUCAUGGACAGUUGGCCGGUGCUUCUCUCUCUCAAAAGAUCUCGGUAAGGACUGGAACCUGCUGGCCCUCAAUCUAAAGCUGACAUCUCAAACUCGGACGAUCAAUUAUAACGGAAAUUCAGAUUAACCUUUUCACUGCCAGAGUGUUUGAUGGAGUUUUGUAAGAUGGCUCUAACUUUUGAAUCUGUGGACGAAAUCCUAUGAUGUGACCAUUCAAAUGAACCCUCUCUGUCUGUACUUACACAUGGUGCUAUUUGUUUUUCAUAGUUUUACAAAAGGAAAUUUGCAAACGUGGUCGAAAUUUGCCUUUGGCUACAUUUGACAGUGAAAGGGUUAAAUGUGCCGCGGAGCAAAUCGACCAUGUACCACAUCAAUUUUUGUUUCAUUUUGCACUGGUUUAUCGGUUAUUUUAAUUGAUGGCCUUUGGAAUUGAUGGCGCGCGUUCAGUUAGAUAACUGUUAGAGAAUUCAAGUGUACAAGAAUAACAGUCGAGAUACGAAACAAUGAACCUGCCUCUGUAAAUUAGGUGACUAAAGCCUAAAAAGAAGUUGAUCUUAUUGAAUUUUUGUCUAUAGAUCUUUUCUUGAUCUUAACCCUUGUUCUUUUCCUGUUUUUUUUUUCUUUUGUUAAAAUCUAAUCCUGGUUGCUUUAUAAUGCUUUUAUCAAUUUCCCUAAAUUUCAUUUACAGUAAAGUUCACGACGUUCCCUGUAUCUAAUUCAAAUAGACACUUAAUGUGCUAUGUUCUUAUUCUACCAAAUUUUUUUCAACGUUUGAUUUUAGGCUGACAUUCACCUGCAUUGUGACGAAUGGGAUCGUCUCCUCGAUGAGGGAAACUGGGAACCAGAACAGAUUGCCGACAAGCUACCCGCCUUUCUGGAGUUUUUGAGACAAGUCCAGAGCAGUGUAGUUGUCCGUCACGGCUGA